GGAGUCCCACCUAGGCGCGCUGUGUCCUGUGGGUGGAAGCUGGCUGACUGGGUUUCGGUGUUUCGCGCAAUGCUGCGGUGUGGAGACCGGACGCUGACACCGAGACACUUGAAUUAGCUUUAGCAGAAGAGAAAUGGAGGAACCAUAGAACAUUAAGGAUGAAUUCAGGAAGACCCGAGACCAUGGAGAACUUGCCUGCUCUCUACACUAUUUUCCAAGGAGAGGUUGCUAUGGUGACAGACUAUGGAGCCUUUAUCAAAAUCCCAGGCUGUCGGAAGCAAGGUCUGGUCCAUCGAACUCACAUGUCAUCCUGUCGCGUGGAUAAGCCCUCUGAGAUAGUAGAUGUCGGAGACAAAGUGUGGGUGAAGCUUAUUGGACGAGAGAUGAAAAAUGAUAGGAUAAAAGUAUCCCUCUCCAUGAAAGUUGUCAACCAAGGGACUGGGAAGGACCUUGACCCCAACAACGUUAUCAUUGAGCAAGAAGAGAGGCGGAGGCGGUCCUUCCAGGAUUACACUGGGCAGAAGAUCACCCUUGAGGCUGUCCUGAACACUACCUGCAAGAAGUGUGGCUGUAAAGGCCACUUUGCAAAGGAUUGUUUCAUGCAACCAGGUGGGACCAAGUACUCUCUGAUACCUGAUGAGGAAGAGGAGAAGGAAGAGGCAAAGUCAGCAGAGUUUGAAAAGCCUGACCCCACGAGAAAUUCUUCUAGAAAAAGAAAGAAGGAAAAGAAGAAAAAGAAACAUAGAGACAAGAAGUCAUCUGACUCUGACAGCUCAGACUCUGAGAGUGAUACAGGCAAGAGGGCAAGGCACACGUCAAAAGACAGCAAGGCAGCAAAGAAGAAGAAAAAGAAGAAGAAGCACAAGAAGAAGCACAAGGAGUGAGAGUGGAAAGAGUGGAGGGGGUGGUGGAGAGAAGGAACCAGGAGCCUUGUGCCUUGAAGCGCUGGCUCCUGGAAAGACUCAGUAGUGAGAAUAUGGCCUUCCACCCCAUUGACUUCUCUCCCAUGGGAGAUGGCUUCCCCUCCUGCCACAGGCAGGUUUGGGAGAUAUCAAAAGUAUCUGCCUGAAUGAGUUGUUUUCUUCAUUCCAGUCCCUUUGCAAGUGACCCCUGCAGCUGACCCAUUCAUUCACCCAACAUCCUUCAUUCAGCAGGAGGUCCUAUUACCCUCUUCCAGCUGCCACUGCCAGAGCCAGACUCCUGUACAGGAGUCCAGGCUAGAGCCACAGGUACUGCUGUGGAGGUGAGUCUGGCUGUAGUUGGAGAAUGGAGUGAUUGGCCCCUCCCUGUUGGCCUGCCUUGGGCUGAUUGGUGGGUGAUCUCUGCUGCAUCCAACACAGGGGCAGAGGGAGACUGGCAGUACUAGGGAGAACAUGGUAAGAAGUGGUGCUCACUUUUUCCAUUCCCCCUAACAUGAUUCUACUGUUAGAAGUGACAGCCAGUGGUCACAGCCAGAAAACCAUUGUUUGCAGUGACUGAGCUUGUGUGUGAUGUUCCGCCCCAUCACUGAACCAGACAGCUCAAGCCAAGAUCAUUGCUUUACUUUGUAUUUACUACAGUGUGAAUCAGUUGGUUCCAUUUCAGGUCUCUGCUUAAAUUCCUGGCCCUAAAUGGAAGUGUGCUUGGUUUUAAACUUACUGAGAGUCCUUAUUGGUAUAAUCCCUCUUCCUGUAAGUUACAGACUUAAAAGUCACUGAGGCUGCAUUAGGUGACAGAAAAACAUUUAACAUGUUACCUUAGACCUUGGAGAGCGGCCCAGCUAAGGUACAGUGCCAGAGGCACUAGCAAGUCACAGCCUUCUUAGAUCACUUAUAAGCCCUCACUUCUGUAAUGAUUAGAUGACCUCUCCCCCAGGGCUGAUUAGAGAACCAGUAAGAAUCUGAACCAUGAGUAAUGGCCUAGCACAUAGGCAGACGCUCAGCCGUCAUCUUCGCCAGUGGGCAUUUUCUCCCACUGCCACUGGCACAAGCCUGGAUCCUGUGUCCUAAGCCUGUGUUCUGGAAAGAGAGAGACCACAGCAUUCCACAGAGAAGAGCAACUGUCCAGACCCAAAGGCAUUCAGUGCAGGAUGGACCUGAGGUGACAGUUCAGAAGCCCCACCACUGAGUGAUUAUUCCAGGUUGGACUAGCUCAUUUGGCCAUAGGGAGGGGGCAGUGUAAAGGGAAGUUGUAGGUACAGCUGUUUUAUUUUUUGUACGUGUAAGGUGAUCAGCUAUCACUGUCCCUGAGACUGUCCAUUUCAGUCUCUCAUCCAGUGCUUCUUCCUGAGUGGCAGUCAUUUCUGCCUACUCUCUGACACACACACAAACUGAGACUCCCAGAAUCAUGUCACCAAAAGCAAAAAGGCAACUGGGUGGCCUAGGUGCUGCUUUAUUGACCUCAGAGCACCCUUUGGGUGCAGUUAAAAAAACAAACAUACACAAUGAGAACAUAACUGGAUCCAGGCUGGUGCCACCUGACCCCAGGAGAAUUUCCCCAAUCAAGGUGGAUUUAUACAAAAUGCCAGAGGAAAAAAAUGAGUCAAUCUGGUGCUGAGUCCAGGAGUAGCCACCUGGCAGAGGAGCAGUUGUUGAGGGAGUGGGCAGGUCAUGCCCCUUUCUCAUAAGUGCGAGUGCAAACUGCACUGCAGUGGGUGAGUGUCUGGAAGAAAAGACAAGAGUCAGGUUAGGGCAGGGGUGUGGACACAGAAGGUGUUGGGAAUACUCUCCACUCUGAUGGGGAGAGCCCUCUACCUUCAUGCUAAAAAUUUUCAUUUACUGCCUACCUACUACGUGCCAGGUACUUUACAUGUAUUUUUUCCUAA